AUGAAUAACGAUAAAAUUUGUUGUCCUAUUUGUUCUGAAGAAUUUUCUACUACAGUGAUAGAAAAUCAUGUUAGUAAAUGUUUAUUUUUAAAUGAAUCAGCAAGUAAAGAAUCUUCAUCUUCCUUCAAGGAUGAAAGUCCUGGAAGGAAAUACAUAAAGUUAAAUAAUGCAAAAGCAAGAAAAAGUGAUUUGGGACUAAUAAACAAAAAAACUAAUUUAAUGGAGUUAUCAGUAACAAAUACAGAUUCUCAGGCAGAUAAAGAAGCAAAAAGUUUAUUUGAAAAUAAUCAUAUACCCCUUGCCGAACGUAUGAGACCUACAACACUUUCAGGAUAUGUUGGACAAUUGCAUAUUCUUGGACCAUCUACUAUUCUUUAUCAAUUAUUAAACAAGUCUGAAAUACCAAAUAUAAUUUUGUGGGGUCCACCUGGUUGUGGAAAGACAUCUUUGGCAAAUGUUAUAGCUUACAUAUGUAAAAAUAAAUCAAAUGGUAAAAUGAGAUAUGUAAAGUUAUCUGCAGCCAUGGCUGGUGUAAAUGAGGUGAAAGAAGUUAUCACUAUUGCUUCUAAUGAGUUAAAGUUUAAUAGACAUACAGUAGUUUUUAUGGAUGAAAUACAUCGUUUUAAUAAAACUCAACAAGAUGUAUUUUUACCUCAUGUUGAAUCUGGCAUUAUUACACUAAUUGGUGCAACAACAGAAAAUCCUUCCUUCAACUUAAAUUCUGCACUUUUGAGCCGUUGUAAAGUUAUUGUUUUGGAAAAAUUAAGCAUACCUAAUAUAAUAUCUAUACUGAAUCGAGCUGUGUCUUCAUUAGGAGGGAUAGUACAUGUUUCAAGUAAAAGAUUAGAAAAUGCAAAUCAAAUACCAAAAUUCAUUAUUGAUGAAUCAAGUAUAAAAUGGUUAGCAGGAACUUGUGAUGGUGAUGCUCGUAUAGCAUUAAGUGGUCUGGAAUUGGUAAUUCAGUGCAAAAUUCAAAACAAUGAAGAAUUUUUACAAAAUGGUCCUGUGACUAUAACAUCAGAUGACAUUAUAGAAAGCCUUAAGAAAACUCAUAUGUUAUACGAUAAGAAAGGUGAACAACAUUAUGACAUGAUUUCAGCUUUACAUAAAUCUGUUAGAGCAAGCGAUGAAAAUGCUUCUCUUUACUGGUUAACAAGAAUGAUAUUAGGUGGUGAAGAUCCAGUUUAUAUUGCACGAAGAUUAAUUAGAAUGGCAUGUGAGGAUAUUGGUUUAGCAGAUCCAAAAGCUCUUGGCAUUGCUGUACAUACAAUGCAUGGUUGUAAGAUGAUAGGAAUGCCAGAAUGUGAUGUUCUUUUAGCACAGUGUACAACAUACUUGGCAAGAGCACCAAAGUCUAGAUUAAUGGAAGAUGCACUUAGAGCUGCUCAAAGAAUAGUUGCUGAACACAAAGGACCUCAGCCAGGAGUACCUUUACAUUUAAGAAAUGCUCCAACAAAACUGAUGAAAAAUCUAGGAUAUAGUAAAGGUUAUAAUAUGAAACAUAAAGAAGAAUCAGGAUUAAAUUAUUUACCAGAAGAAUUAGGGAAUAUAAACUUUUUUUGA